AUGAUUCAGUUAAAGACGAUGCUCAGUUGCAUCGACAACUCCGGCGCCGCCAUUGUCGAGUGCGCCUUGGUUGUUGGGCAAAAGCGACAUGCCACCAUCGGUGACCGCAUCGUGGCCAUCGUCCAGAAGCAGCGUGGCGCCAGCGACGCCGGUAUGGGGGCCGCCUCGGCGGCCAACAAGGUGAAGCGCGGCGACAUCCGCCACGCCAUCAUCGUGCGUACCAAGAAGCAGGUCCAGCGCCCCGACGGCUCCGUUGUCAAGUUCGACGACAACGCCUGCGUCCUGAUCAACAAGGCUGGCGACCCCAUCGGCACGCGAGUCAACGGCAUCGUCGGCGCCGAGCUGCGACGGAGGAAGUGGAGCAAGAUCCUGAGUAUGGCACCCAUGCAUGCUUGA